AUGUACAGCUUCAUGGGUGGGGGCCUCUUCUGUGCCUGGGUGGGGAACAUCCUGCUCGUGGUUGCCACGGCUACGGACCAUUGGAUGCAGUACCGGCUGUCCGGGGCCUUUGCCCACCAGGGCCUGUGGCGCUAUUGCCUCAGCAACAAAUGUUACCUGCAGACUGAAAGCAUUGCAUAUUGGAACGCGACACGAGCCUUCAUGAUCCUGGCCGCUCUCUGCUGCUUUGUGGGGAUUGUCAUUGGGAUCCUGGCCUUUGCCCAGCUGCCCACCUUCCACCGGCUCACGCGCCCCUUCUCAGCGGGCAUUAUGUUCUUUAUCUCCACUCUGUUCGUCCUCCUCGCCAUGGCCAUCUACACCGGAGUCACCGUCAGCUUCCUGGGCCGCCGCUUCGGGGACUGGCGCUUCUCCUGGUCCUACAUUCUGGGUUGGGUGUCCUUGCUCAUGACCUUCUUUGCAGGGAUAUUUUACAUGUGCGCCUACCGAAUGCAUGAAUGUCGCCGCCUUUCCGGACCUCGCUGAGCCCUGGUGCCGUCCAGGGGGCCCUGGAGCUUUCCUGUCCCCGACCCCGGCCCCCUCCCCAUCCACGCUUGGAGCUGACUUCAGUGAAGAAGCAGCAGGAAGUCCGGGUCUCCGAGGGGCUGGGGUAGGGUGGUCUGGCGGCUUGAGUCUCUGAGGGGAGUAGAGCUGGGCUGGCAGAAUCAGGACGCCUGGAUCUGGGGGAGGGGAGAGUGGGCUCCGACAUCGGAGCCCCGGGGGCCAGUCACAGCAGCCACGUAUCGGGGCUCCCCAAGAAUCUGGGGACAGGACUCUGAAUGUCUGGGAGCUAGACUGAGGCAGGGGAGGGAAGGAUGGAAAGGCUUGUUCUGACCUCUAAUAAAACUACUGCGAAGCCCACUUGUGGUCUCUAAGUCAACAUUUGUCCCAGCGGUUAUUGGGCCCCCCAAGGGCCUGGGGACCCCUGAAACGAGUCAGGAAACCUGGCUGCCCGACCGGCCAGAUGUGAGGUUCGGGGGCUGGGGAUCACAGUGUCUGUGCCUCUGGUGG